UAGGUGUGAUGGUUUUUGUUUAAAUAUUUGUUGUUAUUCGUUAUGAAUACUCAUAAAAAUGACGACCAGAAAUUACCCGAUGGCUGGGUUUUAUGUAAAUCGAAAUCAAUUCCGGGAAGGAAAUAUUAUUUUAAUAAGAAAACCGGAAAAUCUUCUUGGUCGGAACCACAGGACGAUGAUAAGUCUGACAAGAAGUCUUGUAAGAAAGAGAAAUUAAAAAAACAGGAGAAGAGAAGAAAGGAGGAGUUAGCUAAGAAGGGUACAAAGAGGAAAAGUGAUGGGCAUGAAGAAAAUGCUUCAAAGAAACGAUCCAAACAAGAUACAACUGAUGCAGCAAGUUAUAAAGCUAAUAAAAGUGACUCUUCUUUACAAUGUCAACAAAAAAGACGAAAGGAGAGUUCACCAAAAUCUACAAGUACCCCAAAAACAACACCUUCAAAAAGCACUUCUAACAGUAGAACAGAAACACCAAUCAAAAAUUCUCCUGUUAAAAAUUUGGCUAAUUCGAGAUUGUCGCAGCUACGAGCUUUACUUAACUCCGAAGCAAAGGAAGAAGAAGAUUUGGAUGCUCAAAACAAAAAAGUCAAAAUUAGCCCAAAAACUAGUUCAAAUGAAACACCUAGCAAAACUUGCAGGGCUGACCGCAAAAGUCCAAAUUUGAAUGACCCAAAAUCUGCUCAUUCUCCCAGCAGUGAUAGUUUACAGUCCAUGCCAUCUCCUUCACAAUUUUUUGCCGCUAACAAAAUCAUAUCAUCAAUGAAAGCUCAACUACCUGAAGAAUAUUGUUGUAAAGAGAAACAGAAAGACACAUUUGCAGACAUAGAGAAAGGAAUCUGUAGCCAGACCCCAGAGUACCCAUUUUCCAAACAUCCAGCUACACCGCCACAGUUUUCUGAAGCAAGUAAAUUAGUGUCAGCUAUAAAGUCGAAACUAGCAUACAAAGUUUCUACAUCUAAAGAUAGUGUAAAAACUUUUUCAUCAGCUAAAGAAAGAAUGGAAAUGUUGAGAACUAAUUUGAGUUUGGAAGCAGAACAGGAAAUGAAUAGCAGUUUUUUAUGUAAUAGUAUUGAAUCAGAACCAAAACCUAGUACAGAAGCUAUGGAAAUAGAGGAAUCUAAAGAGGUUAAACAAAUCAUUCCUACAAACCAGAGGGACAGUAUUGGAGGUGGGGACAAUUUAGUCCUGGUCGUAGACACAAAUAUAUUUAUACAUGAACUUGACUUUAUUAAGAAUGUCCUAAAUUCUCAUAUAAAAGGUUACAGUGAACAGCCCACCCUUUUAGUUCCAUGGCGUGUUAUAAAUGAAUUAGACAGGCUCAAAGACAAUAACAAUGGCAAUGGAGCUCUCUGUAAACGGGCAAAGUCAGCCAUGGAUUAUCUUUACAAAUCAUUACCAGAGAACAGCCGAAUCAAAGGUCAAUCUUUACGCGAUGCGAAUUCCCACAUCUACCCUUGUGAGGUACCGGAUGACGAGAUAUUAAAUUGUAGUCUACAGCAAAUUGAGAGAGGCAGGAAUGUGAUUCUCGUGUCAAAUGACAAAAAUCUCUGCAACAAAGCAAGUAUAAAUGGAGUGAAGAGAAUUAAUGUGAAUGAGUUAAAGGAGCUCGUUGAGAACAAGCCACAACCCAACAACGACCCUGACCUUCUGGAGAGCGUCAAACAUUACCAACAAACUAUUUACCACUUGCUCGCAAAUAUAUUAGAAAACGAAAUGCGAGCUAAGUACAACAAUCUCUGGCAACACGUGUUAUUCAAAGCGCCGCCCUGGACGUUGUCCGACGUGCUGCAAUGUUUGCUCAAACAUUGGUUUGCGGUGUUCAACGAGGUGUUUCCGCGGAUAGAGCAGCUCAUAACCGAGCUCAAGAACAGCUUGGCGUCGAUAGAGAGGAAGGAUCCGAACACCUUAACACAAUCAGAAGUGGCAAACUUCAAGGAAUUAUGUUUAGACGUGGCGAAGCGAUGUCAAAUCAUUCCAGAAUAUAUGGAACUAGCUAAGGCUACUGUGGAGCGACUGCUGCGCAACUGUGCGAGCGAGACGGAGAAUAGAGACAGGGAUAGUGUCGUCGAUGCGUUUGAGGGACUUUGGACUGUGUUGUCUAGUUAUAGUGCUAAGUUGGCGAGUUCGUUAGGCAUUCCACAUAGUAUAGAAGACAAACUCCCAGGAAACGAUACCCUACCGGUUCUAACUAGCAAGUGGACAUUCAUCAAUGGACAUGUUAACGAUCUCACACAAGCUAUUAAAUGCGUGCUGUCGGCGCGCGGCGCGGCGGGCGAGUGCGCGCUGCGCCUGCACGCGGCGCUGGCGCGCGCGCGC